GUUAUUUCUGUGCGUAUACCUCCUCCAGCUUCCCUCUUCCAGAAGCGAAUCCCUUCCUCGAGUCCCCCUCUCGCCCGCCGCCACCAGCCACCGUCGUUCAACUCAUCCCUCGCUGAGAGCCAGAUUCAUAUCGGCAGUUGGGUAAAAGAACGGCGGGCGGCAAGAUGAGAAAAGAGAAGACCAAGGCGCCGCCGACGGAGUGCCACUACCAAGGAGGAAUAUCGUUCCACAAAUCCAAUGGCCAGCACAUCCUCAAGAACCCUAUGCUGGUCGACAGCAUAGUACAGAAGUCCGGCAUCAAGAGUACCGACAUCAUUCUCGAGAUUGGUCCCGGUACCGGAAAUCUCACCAAGAAGCUGCUCGAGGCCGGCAAGUCCGUCAUCGCCGUCGAGCUCGACUCUCGCAUGGUGCUCGAGCUUCAGCGCCGCUUUCAGGGGACUCCUUUCUCUAAUAAGCUUAAGCUUGGUUUCAGGGAUUUCACUCAAAGCCCCUCCGAACUUGGAAUCCUUGCUUCAUCCUGCCUUGAAAGGUCGCCCUUGAUUAUAUAUUUUAGGUCGUGCUAGGUUUUGGAUAUUACUGUCAGGUAAGAAUAAGCAUACUAUAGUAGCGAUUGCAAUGAAGAAGAUAGUGAGUUGGGUUUCUGGUACUUGUAAUGGGCUUAUCGGCUCACUUAAACAAAUCACAACCGAUGUAGCCUUCUUUGCCGAUUUGUUGUUUCGAAUUAAGAAUCUUCAGUUUUAGAGCUA